CCGCGGCCUCCCCGGCCUCCGGAGCGUAUUGCUGGGCCAAGUGGAAAAAUCGUGUGAGGAGACAGAUGACCCCCACAGUUUCAAGUCAUACAAGAAGGCCCUGAUGUUACCCUAGUGUUGUUCCUCUACCUCAAAGUCAGUAUGUCGAAGACAUCCAAGGCCCCGCUUUCCUUGUCCGACUGCCUGUGCCAAAUUUGCAUGGAGAUCUUUGUGGAGCCUGUCACACUGCCGUGCAGCCAUACCCUCUGCAAUUCCUGCUUCCAGAUGACAGUGGAAAAGGCCAGUCUUUGCUGCCCCUUUUGUAGGCGUCGAGUCUCCUCCUGGGCACGGUAUAAUACCCGCAGAAAUACCCUUGUCAACUGGGAACUCUGGGAGAAGAUCCAGAAGAAUUACCCAGAGGAAUGCGAGCGGAGGAUUAACGGACAGGAUUUGGAUGAGGAAAUCUGUGUCCCCAAACCGCAGCACCAGCUGAGCAAGCCUGGGGAGCUGAGACAGGAAUAUGAAGCAGAGAUUAGUAAGGUGGAGGCAGAAAGGCGAGCACAUGAACAGGAGGAGAACAAAGCCAGUGAGGAAUACAUCCAGCGGCUGCUGGCAGAGGAGGAGGAGGAGGAGCACAGGCUGGCAGAAGAGAGAAGGAAGGAGAUGGAGAAGCAGCUGAAGCAAGAUGAAGAACUGGCCUGGCAACUCAGUAACAGUCUGAAUGAGGAUCCUGAGGGACACGUGCCUGGCAGCCCAUCACCAGCACACAGCCUCUUCCUUCAGACAUCCCCACUGAACCUGUGCAAGGCAAAGAACAAACCAAGCAACUCUGGAGACAUUCAGAAGUAUCUGUCUCCAAAGAAUUAUGGUGUGUUGGGCUCAGCAUCGUUCUCCAGUACCACAGGAAGAGGCAGCAGCAACUCUAUCUCUGUGGAGACCAACAACAAUGAAGGCAGCAGUUCUGUGCUGCAGGAUGAGCAAGAGGAAAUGCCAACCCUGUCUCCACAGCUGACCAGUGUAAAUAAAGAAUCUGCUGCUAAGGAUUCAUUUUUGGAAUCGUGCAUGAACUAUUUCAGUGCCUCAGCUUCAGGUGAAACUGCCACCGUCAAGCAGGAAAAAACAGCAGGACCAAAUGAUUUAGAAGAUGGAAUUCCAGAUGCACUUCAUGGAACCACAGAAGGGAAAGGGUUUAGGACAGUUGUUCUUAGAUCCAAAGGAGAAGAUAAUGGAGUUGAGUCAGACAGUGGCAAUUUAAGACAUGUCCAAAGGGUAAACCUUGAAAAGUCUGAUGACACUUGUACCUCUGAUCAGAAUUGUGUGAUGUCUGACAGCCAGACUGCCUUGCAUGAUCCGGGGAAGGAGGCUGGACACUCAAAUGAAGAGACACCAGAGAGGCCACAGAACUCUAAGGAGACUCCCAAAAGGAAGUUACUGGAGGCCCCAGCUGAUGCCACGAUUGACUUGGGCAUGUUUGAUAAGAGGAGAAGAACCUCUUCAGAAAGUGUAGAAGACCAAGGAGAGCAGAUGAAUGAUUUUAACUUGCAGACACAAAGAGCCUUUGAGCAGGAGUUGUAUGAAAGGCGCAGGCAGGAGGAGCAGGACAGGCUCCUGGCUCUGCAGCUGCAGAAGGAGCUCGACAAGGAGGACAGGACCCUGAACAGGCAGAAGGGCUCUCCAGACGAGUACCUGCUCCGCACCAAACCACCCCGCUCUGUGAAAGACUCCUCUGCCAGGAAGGGAAGUUCCAAGGUGGCAAAAGACUCCAAGGGAUCAAAAACACAGGCUGAAACCAAUCACCACAAGUCUAGGAGAGGUUCCUGCAAUGAAAACUGGCAGUCCCCUGCCAGAGUCCGGGUGAAAUCCCCCAGCAUCAAGGAAGGAAAGGUCUUGAAUUGUGUGGUUAAUACCAGUGACACAAAUGAUAUUUGUUCACUGCCUAAGAACAAGCAAAAGACAAUCCUGCAGAUGUUUAAAAGCCCUGUUGCAGAGUAGCUCAGAGCCAUGGACACGUGGUGGAGUGGGAAUGGGAACUGGGGUGAUGUUCUCCUGUGUUAGGCAAAGCUUCCCUAAGCAGUUUUGAGCGGUUGCUUUGGAAGGGAACCACUUUGGGUAGCGGUGCUGUGAGUUCUGAGAAGUUUUGGUAACAUACACCCUCCAGAAUGUAACAUUUUUUAAUUGUUCUUUUCUUGAAUGUUCUUUUAUAGCACUUGCAGCACUUCUUGCAGGAAUUGGAGCAUUUUUUACUUUCUAACUUGCAUUUACACGGUUUGGAGUGUGAUUACUGGUAGUGUUGGAAAACAAGGAUGACUGAUGGUCUGACCUGAAAAUAAGAAUCUGAAGCCUUUAAUGGAAAAGAUGCACAUUCCAUGGAGGAAACAAGUGAAAAAUGAGUCUGUAUUCUCAAGUAGCUGUCAGCUGCAAGGUUGAAGCUUCCCUCAGCACCACCACUGUUCUGUAAAUUGAAGCAUGUUGCUGGAAUUUAGGCUGUUUGUGGAAUUGCAUUGUUGGCACACCCAUCAACACCAGUGUAACCAGACAGGCACUCUUUCCCUCUCAUAUGCUAACCCCUCGGACAAAGAGGAAUGAAACAAGUCAUUCUCCACUGCCAAAGGCCAAGGAUCUUUCAUGGAUGCCAAGGCUGUGGGCUCCCAUUCACCUCUAUUCACAGAGAUCCCUCCUGCAGAUCCCAUUUUCCCUGUUGUUAAGAGCAAGAUACUUUUGUUUUCUUACUGUUAAUGUUCUGUAACUUUAUUCUUGUACAAUAGUGUUACUAUAUUUGAUGCCGUUUAAUUUUCAUACUCAGACUGGUUUGAGUGUGAUUAAAACAAUAGUCCAGAAGCCAGUUAUGAUGGAGAGAGUUAAAAAGGGAAAGAGGCAACUGAAAUCUGGAAUUGUCAGUAGUGACAUAACUGUAAUUAGAGAUUCACAGAAUUGC